GUCUACGUGCCCGUCGACGUCGACAUCGUUGCCGUUGUCAGCCGGUCGCGGAGGAGCGAGAGAGACCGUCGCGAAAUGGCCGCCACAGACCGGCCCUCGGCCAGAGGGCGUCAAUCGAGUCGGCGCGACACGUGCUUGGGCCGGUUCGGCCAGAUUCGGCCGACAGCCUCGCUCGACGUCGCCGUCGCCGUCGCCGUCGCCGUCGCCGUCGUCUUCUGCGGCCUCGCGACGCCCUGCUCGGCCGGGCCACGAGACGCGCGCCGAUUGGCCGUCGCGCCCGCCUACCUCGUCGCGCCGGGCCUCUUGCGCCGACCUGACUCGAGUCCCGCCGACGCCGCGCCCGCACUCCAGGCCCUCCAGGCGCUGGGCUCGAGUCGCGCCAAGCGGCCCUCGUGGUCCACGGCCCAUGCAUACUCGCCGCCCCUGACGGAAGACGAGCUGACCAAAGUCGUCAACGACCUGGUACCGCCAGAGUGGGUCUCGCUCAUGCGCUUCGGGCGCUGA